AUGUUACUAACUAUCAUAAAUCGAAUUCAACUGUGGGAUCUAGUCAAGCAGAGACAGUAAUAACUUAAAGAACAUCCUAACACUCAGGUAUAAAAUUAUCAGGCUGGAAAGUUACAAUAGAAUCAAAGCGGUGGAGGUCAAGCAAAUUCUAACCUUAAUUCCCAAUAAAUUAAUUAAAAUUCAAAUGAGUUAAACAAUGAUCUUGAUUAUCAAUUAUCAAACCCUAAAAGAGCAUUUACAAAUGAGACUAACUUCACUGAGCAAAUAAUGUCUUUAAAGCAUAUGAAGGCUUAACAUAAAAACCUUAUGUUUAAUGUUUAAUCUUCUCAGGGUUAAAAAAUUUAAAGUCCACUUUUACCUGUCGGCAUUAAAAUGUAUUAGUCCUCACUCGUCUAAAAAAAUAAAAAUCAAGAUAAACAAUCUGCUAAGAAUCUUCAAAUUUCUUUAAUUGAAAAAAGCUACGAAGAUAGUGUGUCAGGAUCUGGUGUAGUGUCAAGAUUUGAUGAUAUGCCUUAGCAAUCUUCUGAUGGCUCUCCAGGAAGAUAAAAGGAUAAGUCAAAUGAAAGAGAGUUCUACAAAUGCUCAAAGUUUAGAUAGAGUCAAGAAUUUGAAAAUACUGUUAAAAUUUUAUAAAAAAAAUCUAAAUCGUACAAAAAUAUGCCUACAGCCCUUUAGUAAGUAGAGGAUUUCUUCAAGAAUGAUUUAGUUCCAAUAACCAGUGUCUUCUGCUAGAAUAAGUACUACGCAAAUAAUUUUGUUUUAACAAAUGCAGAUUAAAAAGAGUUGAAAGAUUAAGGACUAAAUCCAAGAGUUCAUUUGAAAAGCUUGGUUCAAGAGUAACUAGAAAAGUUAGCUUCAAUUAAAGAAUUGGAGCAAUAAAAGAUAGAGGAUGAAAGGGAGAAAUAGAUGCAAGAAAAAAGGCUCUUUCAAAUGAAAAGUUCGCUUAUAAAUGGCCUGAUGAGAAGGAUAUCAAACAUAAAGCAGGAGGAGCAAGAAAAACUAACUCAUAUUGAAAUAGAUGAAACCGACUAAGACCUCUUGAAACUUAUUGAAGAUAAUAGCUUAUCUUCUCGAUUUGAUAUGAAAUAACAUCCAUUCUAUAAAAUGUAUGAUAGAAAUCUGAAUCUUAAGCUUAAAGAAGAUUUAAAAGUAAAACAGUAAAAGCCAUUGGAUCUGCUUCAACGAGUGAGCUAAAAGAGUGAAGAAUUUCUAAGUAAAAUAUAAGUUAAGCAGCUAAACCCAAAGUAUUAUGAACAUAAGAAGUAACUUGAUCUCUAGAAUAUUAGCCCUUAAAAUAAUUAAGUUUACAGGAGUUUAAUGUUCAGCCAUAAAAAGACCUCUUCAAAUAAUUAUAUUGAGGUAUAGCCUAAUCAGAUAGUUACCUAUAUUAGAGAAUCUAGGAAUAGAAGGUAUUUCAACUCUAUGACUAGAUCAUAAACAAGGAAUAGAAUAAUAUCUGUAGAUAAAUAAAAUGAGAACAAACCUGUUAAAAGUCCCUAACCUUAUGAAAAGUAAGAUAUGUAACGAGCAGACAAAAUUAUAUUGGAAUGUCUCGACUCUGUAUUCAAUGAGUAGAGAAUUAGAAAGUUAAGAGGGUACUCACCAAAGCUAUAAUGA